UGGCAGCACUGGUCAGCCACCAAAUAUAAACAUUGAAUUUUUCGCUUAAAUUUUUUGGAGUUUAACACCAUUUAAGCGAUGUUACCGGGCGUGGGAGUGUUUGGGACUGGAGAGAUAGCCAACGUGUUGGUGCCACUGCUGCGGGAAAAAGGAUUCGAAGUGCGCGCCAUUUGGGGCAGGACCUUAAAAGAAGCAAAAGAAACUUCGACAACGCAAAAUGUUCAGUUCCAUACGAACGUCAUCGAUGAUGUCCUGCUGCGAAAGGAUGUGGACCUGGUGUUCAUAGUUUGUCAGCCGUUUUUGCAUGCGGAGAUCUCGGUGAAGGCUUUGGGCAUUGGGAAACAUGUAGUGUGCGAUAAGCCAGCGGGCUUGCACCAACAAGAUGCCCUCAAAAUGGUUAGAGCCUCUCAGUAUUAUCCAACUUUGAUUUCCCUGGUCAAUCAUCCGUUGAGGUUCCUGCCCGCCUUUACUCACAUGCGACGGUGUCUGCAGGAUGAGCUGAUUGGAUCCAUUGGUGACGUGGUACUCAUGGAUGUUCGUGUUCAGAUGGGAACUCUUUUCCCCGAGAAAUACAAUUGGAUGUGCGAUGCCCAAAUGGGCGGUGGUGCCUUGAAUCUCGUUGGAUCUGUGGUGGAUUUGGUUACCUUCCUGCUGCAACAGCAGGCUAUAAGGGUGCAUGGAGUCCUGCGAUCCUACACCAAAACCACGCCGGCAAUCAAUGGUAUUAGGCAGAUUACGGCACCGGACUUCUGCAACUUUCAAAUGGAACUAGCCAGCGGAACAUUGGUGACUGUAGCUCUUCAUAGUCACACAGUGCCUGCGAAAGCCUUCUCGCAAGAAGUGCUUAUCUAUGGCAGCAAGGGUCACCUAGUGGUCCGUGGCGGUGAUUUGUUUGUCCUAAAAGAGGGACAACCCAAGGAGGAGGCUGUCUAUGUAGACGUCCAGGACCUGCACUUUGCCACCAAUAACUCUUUGUUACCGCGACCUUAUAUCAAGGGACUCUGCAAGAUGAUUGGUGCUCUGAAAGAAGCUUUCGGCAGCAAGGAAUCAUCCUGGGUUAAGGCUCCCGUUUCCACAGCCGCCACCUUUGAAGAUGGCCUAUAUGUCCAGGCUGUGGUAGAGGCCAUCCGUAAAUCCAACGAAACCAGGCAAUGGCAAAGGGUACAAUUGUCCACGGAUAGCCCUCUAAAUCAUGAUCAGAUCAUUCGAUAUGCACGCAUGUCUACUAUGUAAGGGAAUCGGUGUUAAGUGCAAUAUUUAAAAGAUUCCAAUAUAUAUUUUUUUAUAUAACGUAUUUGUUUAGUCUGUAAGAUAUUAAUUGAUCAAGGCUUUUAAGCCUCAGUCACCACCAUCAAUGUAUUUAACUUAUUUGUAUGGCAUCAGCAUUUUGCGACUAAUAAAAUUGAUUUGUUAGACUGUAAA